CUUACAAGUGGUUACUUGAAUCAUUUCUGAAGGCACACAAGAAGCAACCAAAGUUAGUUCUGACGGACCAGGACCCUUCAAUGAAAGCUGCCAUUUCAGAGGUUUUCACAAACGCUCGGCACCGCCUUUGCAUGUGGCAUAUUAUGAAAAAACUUCCAACCAAGAUUCAUGGAGACCUAUUACAAAACUCUGAGUUAAUGGCAUUGAUGCAUCGUUUGGUGUGGAGUAUUCACAUGAAACCAUCUACAUUUGAGACGCGUUGGCAACUUUUGAUGGAGGAAUAUGGGUUACAAGAUCACGACUGGUUGAAUGAUAUGUACUCAAUUAGGGACCAAUGGGUACCUGCCUACUUCCGUGAUAUCCCAAUGUGUUGUCUGAUGAAGACCACAUCAAGAUGUGAAAGCUCUAACUCAAGCUUCAAGGUCAACUCUACUAGUGCUAACACACUAGUUCAGUUCAUGCUAUGUUAUGAAACUAGGAUAGACAAUCAGCGUUACAGGCAACGUGUUGCAGAGUUUAAAACCUCAUCUAGUGUAUUCAUGGACAGUACUGAUUUAGCUAUCGAGAAGCACGCUUUUGAGCUGUACACACAUGCAAUUUUCACAGAGGUUAAACUUGAGUUGAGAAAUCAGUCGGUCUCUUGUUCAUGCAACAACUUCAUCCAUAUUGGAUAUCUGUGUAGGCACAUCUUUUGUGUUUACCGGGUAAACAAUCGAAAAAAUCCCUGCCCAGUUUGUUGUUAAGCGUUGGACUAGGGAUGUGCUUCCCAAAAGUAUAUUUUCUAUUGAGCGUCGAUACGACGUUGACACCCGUCCACAAGCUGCUGCGAGAAGUCAGAUUCUUGAGAUUGUAACCGAAUGUGUAGACGCAUUAAGAAGUGAUGUUGGAGGACUUUCUACUUUUGCUGAGUAGAUAAAGGAACUGAAAUCCAAGUUACUAAAUGGAGGACCAGUUGAUGACGAAGCCAAGAAUGAUAACUAUGCUGCUGUUGAAGAAUUGCUUGGUGUUUCUUUAGAUGGGGACGUAACUCUCAACAAUCCAGACGGGAUCAGGAACAAAGGAUGCGGCAAACGUCGACGAUUGUCUAGAGCAUCGCAGGAUGGAACGAGCAACUCUGCUGUCAAACCUCCCAAAACACCAAGGCUUUGCCGAACAUGUAUGAAGUACGUGAUUGGGCAUGAUUCAAGAAAUUGCAAGAAAAAGAAGAAGAAUAAAUCGGGUAACGAGGAUGAGGACUCAAGCUCUGCGAGUGAGGAGUCCACUUGAUUUGGUAUUUAUUUUGAUGUGUGUGUUGUGCGUGUUUUGAAAACUUGUAUGACGCCAGCUUUUUGGUCUCCAUUUUAGUGGAGCGGAACUAAACUUUGAUGAUCCCUUUUGUAUUUUUUGGGUUGCCUUUUUGUAGAUGCACAUGUUUGCAUGUGUAGAUUAUCUGAAAAUGGAUGCACAUGCAUAUGUUUGCAUGUUAGGAUGUAUGUGGGUUUGGUAUGUAGGACGGUUUUCAGUUUAAUGACUAU